AAUCCCACAUCACAUUCGUUAACCUUACUCCUUGUCGUCCUCGCCGUGGUGGUUGAUAGAAACAAUGUUCAAGAAGUCUGUGUCGACGGCUGCAGCCUCAAGGGCGUUGCUUCGCUCACAACGAACCUUUUCGACCACGUCUGCAGCCAGGAAAGUUGUCGCGACGAACCCUGUAAAAGCUGAGGAAGUCAAGUCCUGGUCUUCAGGAAAGUAUCCCUUGAUUGAACACGAAUAUGAUGCAAUUGUCGUUGGUGCUGGUGGUGCUGGAUUGAGAGCAGCAUUUGGUCUAGCAGAGGCAGGUUUUAAUACAGCGUGUAUCACCAAGUUGUUCCCCACUCGCAGUCAUACGGUCGCCGCUCAGGGUGGUAUCAAUGCCGCUCUUGGUAACAUGACUGAAGACGACUGGCGAUGGCAUAUGUACGAUACAGUGAAAGGUUCUGACUGGCUGGGUGACCAAGAUGCAAUCCAUUACAUGUGUCGCGAAGCUCCUAGCACGGUCAUUGAGCUCGAGCACUUUGGUGUCCCAUUCUCCAGAACAAAAGAAGGAAAAAUCUACCAACGUGCUUUUGGUGGACAAUCUCUGAAGUAUGGUAAAGGUGGUCAGGCCUAUCGUUGUGCCGCCGCCGCCGACCGUACUGGUCAUGCACUUUUGCACACACUCUAUGGUCAAUCAUUGCGCCACAACACCAACUUCUUUAUCGAAUACUUCGCGCUCGAUUUGAUCAUGCAGGAUGGCGAGUGUGUUGGUGUGAUUGCGCUCAACAUGGAAGAUGGUACUCUUCACAGGUUCAGGUCCCACAAGACCGUUCUGGCAACAGGAGGCUAUGGAAGAGCAUACUUCAGUUGUACAAGUGCGCAUACUUGCUCUGGAGAUGGAAAUGCCAUGGUUGCCCGCGCUGGUCUUCCUCUACAAGACUUAGAAUUCGUCCAGUUCCACCCCACUGGUAUCUAUGGUGCUGGAUGCCUUAUCACCGAAGGUUCUCGUGGUGAGGGUGGAUAUCUCCUAAACUCAGAGGGCGAACGCUUCAUGGAGCGUUACGCACCUACCGCAAAGGAUCUAGCUUCUCGUGACGUCGUUUCUCGUUCAAUGACCAUUGAAAUCCGCGAAGGUCGCGGUGUGGGACCUGACAAAGACCACCUCUACCUCCAGCUCAGUCAUUUGCCUCCUGAAGUCCUUCACGAGAGGCUUCCCGGUAUCUCUGAGACUGCCGCCAUCUUCUCUGGUGUUGACGUCACAAAGGAGCCUAUCCCCGUCUUGCCUACUGUUCACUACAAUAUGGGUGGUAUUCCCACGAAAUAUACUGGUGAGGUGUUGACUACGGAUAAGGAUGGCAAAGACAAGGUGGUUCCCGGGCUGUAUGCUGCAGGUGAAGCGGCUUGUGUAUCCGUUCACGGUGCCAACCGUCUCGGGGCCAACUCCCUUUUGGACAUCGUAGUAUUUGGACGUGCAUGCGCGCACCAUAUCAAAGAUACCUUAACUCCAGGAAAACCGCACAAAGCUAUUCCCGAAGAGGCUGGCAUGGGGAGUGUUGAAUUCCUGGAUCAAGUCAGGAACGCUGACGGCUCAGAGCCCACGGCUAAAAUCAGAUUAGACAUGCAGAAAGCUAUGCAAUCAGAUGCUGCUGUCUUCCGUACUCAGGAGUCUUUGGACGAAGGCGUACAAAAGAUGCGCUCUAUCUACAAGUCAUUCGACAAUGUUGGCAUCAAGGACAGGAGCAUGAUCUGGAACUCCGACCUUGUUGAAACACUGGAGCUCCGCAACAUCCUCCAGUGCGCUAUCCAAACCAUCACAGCCGCAGCUGCUCGCAAGGAGUCACGUGGUGCGCAUGCUCGUGAAGAUUUCCCUGAGCGUGACGAUGAUAAAUGGAUGAAGCACACUUUGACACUCCAGCGUGACAUCAAUGAACCGGAUGUCGAGAUCACGUACCGUGGUGUCAUUGGCACGACGUUGGAUGAAAGCGAGUGCAAAGCAGUUCCUCCCUUCAAGCGCGUGUAUUAGAAAGUGCUAUGAUGUUGCGCACUAGAUAUAAGUUCUCGAGGAUAAGGUUAUGCCAGGGCCUUUGUCGCUACACUACGGGUGUUGUAUGAAAAUGCUACAGAUGUAGCAGUACUGUUAAUUCAAACCACCUUUG